AUGCUCGGCGCGGUGAAGAUGGAAGGACACGAGGCUCCGGACUGGAGCGGAUACUACAGCGAGGAGGUGUACUCUCCGAUGGCGGGUGGCGGGAUGGGCUCUGGUCUUGGAAUGGGCUCCAUGUCAGGGUACAUGUCUGGCAGCGGGACCACCACAGGAUCCUUCAACAUGUCCUACAGUGGGACUGGCCUGAGUCCGGCCCCGGUGGGGGGGAUGGGCGGCUCAGCUCAGGCAGCUAUGUCAGGUCUUGGAGGAGGUGUGGCCUCAAUGGGCGGAGCUCUGAGCCCCACCGGUAUGAGCUCUGCUCAGCAGGCCUCGAUGGGCCUGAAUCCCUACGGUGGCAUGAGUCCCACCAUGAGCCCGGGGAUGGCGUACGGCGGUGGUGGACUAAACCGCAGUCGUGACAACAAGGCGUUUCGACGGAGCUACCCUCACGCCAAACCACCUUACUCCUACAUCUCGCUCAUCACCAUGGCGAUCCAGCAGGCGCCAAGUAAGAUGCUGACCCUGAGCGAGAUCUACCAGUGGAUCAUGGACCUGUUCCCCUACUACCGGCAGAACCAGCAGCGCUGGCAGAACUCCAUCCGCCACUCGCUGUCCUUCAACGACUGCUUUGUCAAGGUGUCGCGCUCCCCGGACAAACCAGGUAAAGGUUCCUACUGGACCCUGCACCCGGACUCUGGGAACAUGUUUGAGAACGGCUGCUACCUUCGGCGCCAGAAGAGGUUCAAGUGCGAGAAGAAGAUGUCUGCCAAAUCUGACGGCAGGAAGGAGCAGGUGGGAGGAGGGGGAGGAGACUCUCCUUCGGGUGACUCCAUCAAACCUGCCGGACUGUUGGACUCCUCCCCCCUGCCCUCCUCCAGCCAGGCGUCUCCUCCGGGACUGGACCUGCGAGGAGGCGUGGGCGUGGCGCCAGAGCUGAAGGUGUCUAGCUCUCAGCUCCUGUCGUCCCUGUCGCUACCCCCCCACGCCAUGUCUCAUGAGUCGGCGCUGCACCUGAAGGGGGACCCGCAGUACUCGUUCAACCACCCGUUCUCCAUCAAUAACUUAAUGUCAUCGUCGGAGCAGCAGCACAAACUGGACCUGAAGGCCUACGAGGCGCUGCAGUACUCCUCCUAUGGCGCCGGGGGGCCCGGGCUCGGGGGGAGGAGCAUGGAGUCUCUGGAGGCCUCCUACUACCAGGGGGUCUAUCCCAGACCGCUCCUCAACACCUCGUAG